AUGGGGGCCUGGCCCCAGCUGUGGCCUCCGCUAGCGCUCGCCCUGCUGCUCACCGCCUUGCUGGGCCAACCCCCAGGGGCUGAGGCCCAGGGCUGCUCCGUGAGCCCAACCUUGGUGGAAAUUGAGGAGAACACCAACAGAUCGGAGCCCCUGGCCAACCUCACGAUCCCGGAUGGCCAGCAGGUGGUCCUAGGGCCCUCAACCACCGCUGGUGCGUUUCGGAUUGCGGGGACUGAGCUGUUUCUCAACGUGGUUCCUGAUUAUGAGGCCACUCCAUGGCUGCAAGCUGAACUUCAGUGCUUCAGGGGCAGCACUCUGGUGACCACGCUGAGUGUGAACGUCAUCGUGCUGGAUGUGAAUGACAACGCCCCACAGUUCCCCUUCAGCAACUUCACCAAGUCUGUGGAUGAGGACACUAAAGUGAACACCACGAUCAUCCCUGAGGAGGAGCUGGAGGCCCAUGACGAUGACCAGAAUGACAUCUUGUUCUACACACUCCGGGAGCUGACCCAGGGUGCCAGCAGCUUCUUCUCCCUGGCGGCUGAAAACCGUCCAGCGCUGAAGCUGACCCAGACCCUGGACUACGACAAGUUCCCGAACAUGGCCUUGGAGCUACUGGCACGGGACACCUGGGAGGAGAACCAGCAGCCCAGCCACACGGCCACGGCCACCCUGGUCCUGACGGUGGUGCCCAGUGAUCUGCGGCCACCCUGGUUCCUGCCCUGCAGCUUUUCGGACGGCCACGUCUGCAUCCAGGCCCAGUACUAUGGGGCCGUGCCCACAGGACACACACUGUCAGAGCCCCUUGUCCUGCGUCCCGGGCCCAUCUACGCGAAGGAUGGAGACACGGCCAUUGGGCAACGCAUCAUCUAUAGUUUGCUCAGUGGGAACCAGGAUGACACAUUCACCAUCGAUGAAGCCUCAGGCAACCUCACCAUGGCCAAGAGCGUGCCGCGCCCCAUGACCUUCCUCCUGGUGGUGAAGGGCGAGCAGGAGGACCUUGCCCGGUACUCUGUGACCCAGGUCACUGUGGAGGCCCGCGCAGCCACAGGCAGCACGCCCUACUUUGCCCAGACGCUGUACCGUGGCAUCGUGGCACCUGGCUCCACAGUGGGCGUGGCCGUCCAGGAUGCGGCUGCCCCGCCUGAGCCUCUGAGGAUCCAGGCCCAGGACGAUGACUUCCCGGACUUCAACUCAGCCAUCACGUACCGGGUCACCAACUGCUCUGAGUUCCGGAUGGACGGCGAGGCCCUGCUGACUGCCAGCAGCGAGCUGCCCCAGGACCAUGUCUUCUACUGUGAAGUGGAGGCCAAAAACAUGGUGACGGAAAGCACGGCCACCACUGUGGUCGAGAUCCGCGUCUCGGUGCAGAAUCCACUGCCCACAGAACCUUCUGGCUACUCUGCAAGGGACAUGGCUGCUCUGGGUGGCACGUUGGGCGGCCUGCUGUUGCUGGCCCUCGUCGGCCUGGUCUUCCUGUCCCUCAAGCUCUAUGGCCACCAGCUCAAGUGCUGCGCCCGCAAAGUGCUGGAGCCUGCACCCCGAGGUUUCGACAACCAGUCCUUCCAGUCGGAGCCUGACGAGGAUGACAACGCCAGCUUGGCCCCCACCCCCGACGCCGAGCCUGCGCCCCCGUCCCUGCCCGUGGCAGACCCCGACCCCGCGCCGCCCAGGCCCGGGGCCCCAGCGGCCCCUGUGAGCGCGCAGGGCAGCCCCGAGGCAGUGCGGUCCAUCUUGACCAAGGAGCGGCGGCCCGAGGGCGGCUACAAGGCCGUGUGGUUCGGGGAGGACAUCGGUGCCGAGGCCGACGUCGUGGUGCUCAACACACCCGGCAUGGAUGGCACAGGCGCGGAUGCUGACGACGACGACGACCCCGAAUACACCUACAUAUAG